AUGAAGACAAGCAUCUUUCUGCUCAGUGCCUUGGUCCUGUUCAGUUUAUCUGGAAACACAAGAAUUAACUGCUUGGAAAGAGAGGCUAACUGUAAUAGUGAUGUUAAUGGAUGCCCCAAGAUUUAUAAACCUGUAUGUGGGACAGAUGGAAAUACUUACCCCAAUGAAUGCAUGCUAUGUUUUGCAAAUACGUGA